AUGAAGAUACCCCGUGACAUUAGUUGUAAUUGGGCUAUAUUUGAGGGGUGUGACCCCGCCCCGCUACACGCCCUGACCCUUCAAGCGCAACAUGCCUACGCACAGCGGAACAUCCCUCCAACCACGCAAACGUCUCCGCUUUCCGACCUCCAGCUUCUCGUGAAGGGCGCGAGAAGGACCAUCGUGGAUCCUGUGUUGGCCCUUUUCGCCGAUCUUUCUGACGGUGAAGAUGAAGAGUUAACUGCGGAAGGGAAGAAAGAGCGAGAGGAGGCGCGCCAGAGGGAACGAGAGAGGGAGAAGAUUAGGGAAUUGAAGAGACGGAAGAUUAGGGCGUGGGGUGGGUUGAGUUUGCCCUCUUCUUCGGGGGGGAAGGUUAAGGGGGAGGAUGGAGGGGUGUUUAUCAGGCGCGACGUGGAUGAUGAGAGUAUGGAUGUGGAUAUUGGGGACGGGGAGAUGGAUGGGUGCGAGCUGACGCGGUCGGUGGGGAUGAUGCCUCCGCCGCUGGGACCGGACGCGCCGCGGUCGAGGAAACCGAGUAGGAAGGCCAAGCCUCAGGUGUCUGAAGAAGAGAAGGAGGGUGAGGAGCAGGACGAGGAGGAGGAGAGACCGCGGAAGAAAGCCAGGCUUCCCAACCUCAAGUCAACUCCCAACGCCAACGGGAAUGCUAACGCCAAAGAGAAGGCCAACGGAAAAGACAAAACCAAGACCAAGGGAAAAGAGAAGAAGCCCAAACCACAACCGGAUACGUACAAACAAGCGUGGUCUGUCUCUGAGCAGCACUUGCUUGAACAGUUGUUGGAGCAAAUACCUGAAGGAGAGAGGUUUAGGUGGCAGAAGAUUUCGAGAGCCAUGAAUGGGACAAGGACUCCCAGGCAGGUUGCUAGUCGGGUACAAAAGUAUUUCGAGAAGUUGAAGAAGUUUGGUGUUGAGGGGUAUUAG